AUGUCUGUCCUGUGCCGAGCCGCUCGCUUCGGUCUUGCAUUUGAAAUAAGCAAACAUUCAGUUUUGACACAGGUCAGGAGGUUUGGACGCACACAUAGAAUAAAAUCGUACAACUUCCGUCAAAGUGGGGAACUAUUACACCCGCAGACAAAUCUCAGUGCUAUGCUUGUUAAGACGAGAUGCUUGUCGUCUGCUGGAUCUGCUGUGGAUCCAGCAUCCCGAGUGAAGAGGGUUUCUAUCGAGGGCAACAUUGCUGCUGGGAAGUCGACCUUUGCAGGACUCCUGCAGUCUGCUUGUCCAGACUGGGAAGUUGUGGCAGAACCUGUGAGCAAAUGGCAACACAUAGAGAGUAAGACCUCAAAGGGACCAGUUGCACCCCCCCAGACAACAGUUGGCAACCUGCUGCAGAUGAUGUACCAGGACCCUCAGCGCUGGUCGUACACAUUUCAAACAUAUUCUUGUAUGACCCGGCUGAGAACACAACUGCAGCCCCCUCCAGCCCACCUGCUCAGCUCUCAGGGAACACCUGUGCAGGUGUAUGAGCGCUCCAUCUACAGUGACAGGUACAUCUUUGCUCUGAACAUGUUCGAGCUGGGUUGCAUCAACGCUACAGAGUGGGCAGUCUACCAGGACUGGCACUCCUUUCUGGUGGAGCAGUUUGGACACCGGGUGGAGCUGGAGGGAAUCAUUUACCUCAGAGCCUCACCUCAGAGAUGUAUGGAGCGUCUGAGGCGUCGGGGGAGGCCGGAGGAGAAUGAGGUGAAACUGGACUACCUGGACAAGCUGCAUGUUCAGCACGAGAGGUGGCUGGUGGAGAAAAGCACUAAGAUAAACUUUGAGAAGUUGAAAAACACUCCUGUCCUACAGCUUGAUGCCAGUGUGGCAUUUCAGAGUGAUCGAGAUGUGCAGGAGCAGAUGAUAACAAAGGUGAAGAACUUCUUUGAUGCUUUAUGAGAAGAUGGUUG